AUGUGGCCACAGGACAAGGCAGUCCUGUGUGUCGGCAUCAAGGCCGCAGGGACCUGGGCUGGGCUGGCGCGGGAGGGCUGGCAGGGAGCCUGCGGUGACCGGGCUGAGGGUGUGUCCCGUGGGCAUCACAGCGACGCAUCUCCCUUUCUGCAGGAGCUGUGUGUGAUGUACCUGCCCCGGCUGUACCUGGACAUCCACAACUACUGCGUGCUGGCCAAGCUGCGGGACUUCGUAGCCUCGCCCCACUGCUGGCGAGUGGCCCCGGUGGACGCCCUGAAGGAUAAAGUGCGGAAACUCUACACCAUCAUGAACUCCUUCUGCAGGAGGGACCUGGUGUUCCUGUCCGAUGACUGCAGCGCCUUGGACUACCCCAUCCCAGCCACCACGGUCCCGCCCGACCCGCAAGGCUGAGGCGGCCCAGCCCAGAGAGAGAGCGGGGCCGAAGGGGGUCAGCCGCCCAGGCACAGUGGGCUGAGCCCUUCCCCUCGGGGCUCCCGUUCGCUGUCGCAUCCCACACAGUCACGCGCCUCUCCAGCGCUGGAAAGCAGGCUGGUGCCCGACCCUGGAACUCCCUCCAGCCCGUUAGACCCUUGCUCCCCCGCACCCACUGGGCUGGCAGGCACUCAGGCGCACAGCGCAGGUGCACUUGGAAGGUGCGAGCCAGCUUCUCCCUGGGAACAGCCGCGUGAGAACAAGCGAAAUAAUGCACGCACUCGCGGUUCUCCUCGGAGGGGGUGGCGGUACCACGUUUCUUUCUCUUUCUCCACGGGAACCUGCUUGCAUUUAACCAAACUCCUGUUUCACACCCGCUCCCGCCACGAGCUCCCCAAGCUGCUUGCAUUGUGAGGAAGCGUCGCUGCCUGCAUGUGUGCUAGCGAGGCCCGUGGUUACCGGGCGCCGACGGGAGCCACUCCUCAUUGAAAGGCGACGACACGCAAAUAAAGAUGAUCCCUCUAGCGAGACGCGCGUCAGUGGCCUCAG